UACAACUGCGUCUAAUUUAUAUGUAUGGAUCGAUGAGACCCUUAUUCCGUUUCUUUUUCCACGGUACCAUACCAAUGAAGAUCAACUAAAUGCAGAUAAAAGAUUAUAUGUACAAGACCAAGUAAAUUUUCGUGUUGGUCCAAUGAGAAUGAGACAACUAAGAACAGUUCUAGAGCCAUGUAGGACACAGUUUUUGUGUAAUUUUACCUGUUAUGAUGAAUAUGCCAUUCACGGAGAGGAUGAUGCAAAUUACUGUGUAGCCUGGGAGCCUCGCCCCUGCGUCAGAGAUCAAGCUGUAUAUAAUAUGACAUCUGCUGCCUGGAAUUUUGUGUCGUCUGUUGAUAUUUGGGGACUUCCCGUUACAGGACUACAUUCUACCUAUAGCGGUGGUGGAUAUAUAGCAGAAUUCAUUGUCAACUACAACAUAUCACGUCUAAUUCUUAAUGAUUUGUAUGAAUACACAUGGAUAGACCGUAAAACGAGAGCCUUGUUUACAGAAUUCACCUUGUACAACGUAGAUGACAAUGUUUUUGUUUUCAUCUCGUUUUUGACCGAAUUUCCGGAAACAGGUGGUGUCAUUGCAAGUACAUCAAUCAAACCGUUUCGGCCUUAUCAACAUGUCGGAAGCCUUGGUUUGUUCAUCUUUAUUUGUGAAAUUAUUGUACUUCUUGGAAUACUUAUAUUUUCUGUUCAUCAAUGUCUUUUGUUUCAAAGAAAUGGAAAGAAGAUGUUUAGGGAAUUAUGGUAUGUUCUUGACAUAUUAAUCAUAAUUCUAUUCUUUGUUACUACCGUAAUGUAUAUUGGUAGAUGGAUAAUGAUUAAUUUGACAAUGAAAGAAUGGGAAAAUCAUAAGAAUAAAUUCGUCAACUUCAGUCAUAUUGCAUCAUGGGACGAGCUGUUUAACGUUUUAUUGGCUUCAAUUAUAUUUCUGACAACUGUCCGAAUCAUGCGAGUUCUCAGCUACAAUGAAAGAAUGAAUCAAUUUGGAAAGGUUCUUGCUCACGUGAGUCGUGACCUUUGUGGGUGUUUUGUAAUGUUUCUAAUGGUGUAUGUAGCGUUUGUAACUUUCGGACAUUUAAUAUUUGGCAGGCAUUUAGAAACAUACAAAAACUUAUUCGUGUCAUCAACGACAUUGGUCAAUGCUAUUAUCGGUAAAAACAGCAUCAAAGAUCUGUUUUCUGUGGAGCCGGUUCUGGGAAGAGCCUAUUACUUUUUCUUCGUUUUGUUUUUGUUGUGGAUUUUAAUGACAAUGAUGAAUGCAACAUUAAAUGUAGGUAUUACAACAGUUAGGAGAAGACCGUUUUUGUCAACAUACGGCAUCACAAACAUUUUAGCGGGCUUCUGGAAAGAGGCUGUUGGUCUCAUUAUUGCAUCAAAUGAUACCACAACAAACAACAAGCUAAUGUUGUUACGUGACUACAUACCGAGUAAGGAAGUUCCAGAGCAAAUGUUAAUAAUAAUACGUCAGGAUGAUACAAAACAGGUCGAAAAAGUAAAACCGAACAAAGACUUUCCGAAAAAGAAAGAACGACCAAGUAGUAUUCAUUAGUAAUAUUUAUUGAAUCCAUGAACUAUAGUUGAACUUUAAGUUAUACAUUGCAAAAUGAGAUAUGUAUACCAUUUGUUUGUAUAAAAACGAGACCAUAUAUUAAACGACUACAUCAACAGUUGAUGCAAUCGAUCAUUAAAUAGCACAUUUAAAUUGUUUUGUUCUGGAAUUAACUGUGCACAAACAAACUUGUGUUUGAUAUGACAUUAUCGUGUUUUGUUUGAGAAAUGUUUCAUAAAUAAUAAUGUAUCUUUUUAUUGAAUAACAUCUUAUUAAAUAUUCUUUUUUUGUCA